AUGCACCACACUUGUCACACACUGAACAGAUGCACUGGAUUUGCAGCAAAAUCACUGACCCAACGAAAAGAGUUGCUAAGGGACUACCAAUACUGCUACAAGUGUUGCGUAUCCAAACACCCGCCCAAGUACUGCACAGCCAAGGUGCAAUGCGACUUAUGCCAUAGUGACCAACACCCGAAUGCGCUGCAUCCAGACUCCGAGCCGCCACUGCAGAUAUCUCAUAACCCUCCUUUGGACAAGGAGCCUCAACGUAACACAGAAGCAUGCAGGGUUCCUCAGCAGAUUGACAAACCACAACCAAAACCAAGGAUGAGUGUCAACUGCACGGCACUAUGCGCUGACUCACCAUGCCCUCGUUCAUGUCUUCCCGUAUGUGUAGCCAAAGUGUACCCUGAAGGAUGCCCUGAAGAUGCCAUGAAAAUGUACGUGCAGAUAGACACUCAAAGCACCUGCACCCUGGCCAGACCUGCAUUCUUCGACCACUUUGAGGUGCAACAGAAUGAACUUCACUUCACUGUAUCAACGUGCCAUGGACCAAGAAGCAUGGCGGGGAGGAGAGCUUCUGGACUCUGCAUAGAGUCAUUGGAUGGAAGUUCCCGGUUCCCACUACCACCCGUAUUUGAAUGCGAUGGGGUGACUUUCAGCAAGUAUUGCAACUCUUCAGAUCUUAUGGAGCUCUUCUGCAUUGCUACAGGAUUACCAAGGAAUACAACUAUUUCACUCUUCACUGCUGAUGACUGCAUAGUAUCCAUUGAUCCCACUAUGCCAACCAAUUCUGAAAGGACACCUUACAAAGUAAUACCUGUGGCCACUGGACAGCAAACAGACAAAGGAGAAAUUCUCAAACAAUUGCUCACAAAAACAGUGAGCCAGUUCUCCAGGGUAUUUAAAAUUGAUGAACUUAAAACUGAAGUAUUUAAUCAACUGGCAAUGCUGGAGAAGAGAGUGGAACUGGAGGGACUGAAAAUAGUGGAAAUUGAAAAGUGUAAGAGUGACAUUAAAAAGAUGAGGGAUGAAAUGACUGCAAGAAGUACCAGGACCAACUACCCUUAUAAAUACAGUUUCCCGGAUGAAAACAACAAGCUAAUACCCCGAAGGGAUGUUCCCUCUUAUCCUAAGUACAUGCUUUCUCAGGAGACAAUAGGAGCUCUUAGGAAACCAACUUUUGAUGUCUGGCUGUGGGAACCCAAUGAGAUGCUGAGUUGCUUAGAACAUAUGUAUCAUGAUUUAGGAUUGGUGAAAGACUUUAACAUCAACCCUAUCACAAUGAAGCGGUGGCUGAUGUGUAUUCAUGACAAUUACAGAAACAAUCCAUUCCAUAAUUUUCGACACUGCUUCUGUGUUACCCAGAUGAUGUACAGCAUGAUCUCACUCUGCAAUCUCCAGGCAAAGAUUUCCCAAAUGGAUAUCUUAAUGCUAAUGACAGCAUCAGUGUGUCAUGAUCUGGAUCACCCAGGAUAUAAUAACACGUACCAGAUCAAUGCACGAACUGAGCUAGCUGUGCGCUACAAUGAUAUUUCCCCGCUAGAGAAUCAUCACUGUGCAGUGGCUUUCCAGAUCCUUGCACAGCCAGAAUGCAACAUUUUAUCCAAUCUUGAUAAGGAACAGUUCAAACGGAUCAGACAGGGGAUAAUUACAUUAAUCCUAGCAACAGACAUGGCACGGCAUGCUGAAAUACUGGAUUCUUUCAAAGAAACCGUAGAUGAGUUUGCCUAUUCAAAUGAGGAACAUGUAACUCAGUUGAAGAUGAUUUUGAUCAAGUGCUGCGAUAUCUCCAAUGAAGUUCGCCCAAUGGAAAUAGCAGAACCAUGGGUGGAUUGCUUAUUGGAAGAAUAUUUUAUGCAGAGUGACCGGGAAAAGUCUGAAGGCCUUCCAGUGGCACCUUUUAUGGACCGUGACAAAGUAACCAAACCAUCAGCACAGAUUGGCUUCCUCAAAUUUGUUCUUAUUCCAAUGUUUGAAACUGUAGCAAGGCUUUUUCCAGAAGUUGAAGAAGUGAUGCUCCAGCCACUUUGGGAAUCCAGAGAUCGCUAUGAGGAGCUGAAACAAAUAGAUGAUGCUAUGAAAGAAAUCAGGACAGCACCUUCUCAGUUUCAGAAGAAGAAUGAAAGUUUGACAUGUGAAACCAGAGAGAAAUGAAAAGCAAAGCACAAAGAAAGCAUUAACAGUUGAUAAAAAAGAUCCUUUAGAGGUUUGGCAAGUUCAUCGAAGCAUUGAGUGAUUAUCAAGCAUGGACCAAGGAUGAAGCUGAAUAAUUAACACUACUCAAGCACUUUUCACAUUCCUUUUCUAAAGACUAGUA